AUGUCGCAAGAGCGUGCGGCAGUGACGGCCAUGGCGCCCGAUGAGGUUCCGACGCCCUUGGCCACCCCUGUUCUUCCGCUGGCCAAAAGGAUGAAGGAAGAUCCGGCGGUUCCGGCCAUGGCGACUGAAGACUGUUCCAGGUGGUCCACGCUCCCACCGGAACUCCUCCGCCUCAUCGCUGAAUCCUUACUCGGCACCAACGACGUCGACUGCUACGUGGACUUCCGCGCCGUUUGCCCCAGCUGGCGUGCUGCCACCGACGAUCCAAAGGACAACACCUCUGACCGCCGCUUCCAUCCGCGGCGGUGGAUCGUCCUCGACCAGGUCUUCCAGAGCGAGGGGGAUUUUUUCCUGCUGAACACCGACACCGGCCGCUUCGUCCACAGGAAGCUCCCGCUGCUCAGCGAACACUACGUGGUGGCGACCACUUACAGCGGCUACGUCGUCCUGGCGGACAAAAGCCCUCCUCACGUGGCCAGCGUCCUCAACCCUCUCACCGGUGUCGUCGUCCGCUUUGCGAUGACCGUGCCCCCCGACGUGGGGGUUGCCCAUGUCGUCCUCUCCGGUGGCGGAUCUCUGCGCACGCUCAUAUUGGUCGGCAACUCGUCUCGCACACAUUACAUGGCUGGUCCCGACAACCAGGAUUUCACCACCGUCCAUAUGGCCUCGCCAGAUUAUGAUCUCCUAUUCAAGGCGGCCGUAGGUGGUGGCGUCUACACGUACCUCAAUCCAUACCUAGAUGGUGAGCACUACACGUACCUCAAUCCAUACGUAGAGGGUGUGCUCACUGUUAUCUACAACUUCUUGGGGACCUAUCGUUUUGAUCCUCUCAAGUUUUUCUCCGGCCAUGGCAACUACGACCGGGGCUUCCUAGUUGGUCUGGCUGGACACAUGCUGCUCAUCUUCAAGCCAAGUGGAAUCCACUAUCCCUGUGUUCUCAGAUUCGAUAAUGCGACACACCAACUUAUGCUUGUGCAGAGAAUCGGCAAAUAUGCCAUCUUCGUUGGCCAUCAGAGGUGUCUAGCUGUGGAUUCUGACAAGUUCCCAGGCGUCGAGGAGAACUGCGUCUAUUACACUCAACAUCUGGGUUCAUCCGCUUUCAUAUACAAAUGCAACAUCGCGGACAAGAAAGUGGAGAGGAUCUUUGAAUCAGACGAUUUCGUAAGGCAGGACAAGCAGUUUGUCCUGGUGGCCGACCGUCCUUUCACCAUCAUCCACAUUCUCUCCAGCUACACUAUCAACAUCCCGGAUUCUCAACUCGCCUCGCAACAGAUGCCAUAA